AUGAUUGACUUUGGAGAGAUCCUCAGACAUGUCGGAGAAUUGGGAUUAUUUCAGAAGCUGCUUCUACUCGCCCUUUCGUUCCCGAAUAUGAUCCUGUCUUUAAACUACGGGAGUUUGCUCUUUGUGGAAUCAGACCCGGAGCGCCACUGUAACACAGACUGGAUCCUGGGUGCCGGUCCCAACCUGACAGAAGAGGAGCAGCUACACCUUACCGUUCCCCGCGAGCCGGAUGGCUCCUUCAGCCGCUGUCUGAUGUACGCUCCGGUGGACUGGACACUGGACUCCAUCCGCCGAUACGGCCUCAACCACACCACCGCCUGCCGGGACGGAUGGGUGUACGACCAGACCCUGUACCAGGCCACCAUAGUCACUGAUUUUGAUCUUGUUUGUGACCAAGCUAACCAGGAGAAGAUCGCACAGACAGUAUUAAUGUCUGGAUAUCUUCUUGGCUCCCUCUUAUUUGGAUACUUUGCAGAGUCAAUUGGCCGGAAGCGUGCAAUACAAAUACCAACAGUGCUUUUGAUGAUCUUCAUUGUGGCAGCUGGAUUCUGUCCAAACUACUACCUUUACAUUGUGACCCAGUUCAUGUCUGGGGUCGGGAUGGGAGGCUACAGAGUCAACAGCAUUGUGCUUGUGACCGAAUGGAUGGGCACUGCCAAGCGGUCUCUUGGCUUGUGUGUUUGUCAAAUAUUUAAUUCUCUUGGAAGCAUGUCCCUGGCGGGCAUCAUGUACCUGAUCCGGGACUGGAGGCAGGCGCAGCUGGCCAUCGCCAGCCCCAUGGCCCUGGCGGUCAUCUACAUAUGGUUUAUUCCCGAAUCAGCACAAUGGUUGUUGAAGCAGGGGAAGACAGAGGAAGUGAAAAAGCUGAUUCUUAAAGCGGCAGCCAUCAACAAACAAACAGUUCCAGAAUCUCUCCUGGAUAAGAUUUCUGAGAAAACGAUUGAGGAGAAAGGCGUAAUGGACCUUUUAAUCCAAUCCUGUAUACUAAAGUAUUUCGUUAUCAUAACCUUUAUAUGGUUCUCCAUUAACCUCGCCUACCUGUGUGUUGUCUUCAACAUCUCCAACCUGGGACUGAACAUCUUCCUCACCCAGUUCAUGUUCGGCCUCAGCGAGAUGCCGGCCCACAUCCUUUGUAUCUGGCUGCUGGAGAUACGGGGCAGGAAGGUCUCCCUCAUGGCCACGGCUCUCCUCGGGGGAUUCUUCAGCUUCUUAGUCGUCAUGGUUCCCAGAGACCAAGCCCUCCUUGUUGGCGUCUUGGUCAUCACAGGGCAGUUUUUCUUGAUCUGGGGGAUGUCCAUAUGUCAUAUUUACAUCCAGGAGCUGUUUCCCACAUCCAUAAGACACACGGCCACGGGACUCUCCACCUUGGUGGUGAGGCUGGCGGGGCUGCUGUCCCCGCUGCUCAACCUGCUUGCGGUGUACCACUGGACCAUACCCAUCAUAGUGUUCAGCACCCUGGCCCUGGGGGGGGGGGCCCUCACCUUCAUGCUCCCAGAGACCCGGGUCGUGGACCCUCCGGACCCCCUGGACCAGAUGGAGGCCAUGGACCAAGAGGGCAAGCAGAAGUCGGACAACGGCUCGGGUGAAAAGACCAAGACGUAGUAGAAAUGUGUGUGUCAACGUUUGAAUGUUUUACAUUGUUAAAGGGCCCCUAUUUGAGGCCGAUAAUUACGAAAUGCCUCGUAAUGACGAGGUUGGAAAAAGGGAACCUUUAACUUUGUUGUGUCAUGAACGUUGAACUGAUAAAUGUGUACAGAUUGUCCUGUUUUGAGAUUAUUAAUUGAAAAGCGGACACUUAUUGUGUGCAAUAACCGUAACUUGAAGUAGAGAUUAUGAGACCUUUUGGAGACACAGUUUCCAAACCUACAACAGUAAGGGUAUCCCUUCAGAAUAAGGCCACAUUAUUUAACCAUAUUUAACAGUAUUUAUUGCAGUAUAAAGCAUUAUUAUAUAGAAGUAGCAUCAGGGUUAGGGUUAAAGCUACGGUUAGUGUUCGGAUUAGGGUUAACUAAUCAUGUAUCACUCCUCUUUACAGGUAAUUCUAAUAACCAUUAAUUACAGUCUGAUCAAGCGGUUUUCUCGUUGGAAUCUCCCUUGCCACCAUAACCUUAUUUCACUGUUGCACAAUAAAUGGAAACAUACAGAUACAUGUACAUAAUACAAAGCAGCUGGCCUGCGGUAAUGUGAAGAUCUACACAAAGUAGAAAGCUAUUGUGCAGUAAAAUGUUUAUGUGUUGCUUGGUAACAAUCCAGUUGCAGAUCCUUUUCUGUUGACGGAACCAAAUAAAUGAGUAAAUAA